AUGAGCAACAGACACGGUCCACCGAAGCACCAGAACAGCUUCGCUUGGAAACCCAACGCCGGCCGCAAAAUCAAUGAAACGGAAGUUGGAGGCAGGCUAAAACCCUUGUCAGAGAUUACUGGAGUUUGCCAAAGAUGUAAAGAACAGAUUGAUUGGAAACGUCGGUAUGGCAAAUACAAGCCUCUAACUGAGCCUGCUAAAUGUCAAAAGUGUUCAAAACGUGCAGUCCGUCAAGCUUAUCAUAAUUUAUGCACUGCUUGUGCAAAGGAGCAAAAGGUGUGUGCGAAGUGUCGUUGCAGUGUGGAUCGCAUAAUUGGAAGAGACCUUGCAGAAGUAGAGGCUGAGCAAAAGACACUUGAGGAGGCAAUUAAGAAUUCUCGAGAGAGGGAUCGUAGGUCUCUCCUACGUGCUGUAAGCUCCUUAGGAUAA